CAACCGCUAGCUCUUGCAAGCAUUUACCGAUCUAGAAUCUGGACGCUGAAACGGCAUUGAGGCCUAGGUGUUAUGUUCACUUCUGCUGUAUUUCGGACAUUGACACUCUCGUGUCACCGAAUACUACCUCCAUGCCGCAAGGUUGAAGUGCUCAAGUCUCUCUGGUCUCCAAACUUCUCCUUUGUGCGGACAUACGCCUCGGCUGGCCCAGCACGCCGCACUGGCGAUGACAAAAUACCCUUUCGGGUCGUUCGCCUCGUCCAUCCAGAAACGGGCAAACUCGAACCCCCUACUCGUCUUUCUGACGUUCUCGAAUCUGUGGACCUGAAGGCUUUUCGAGUGGAGUUGGUCACGGAAGAGCCAGAGCCUAUCGUAAAGAUUGUGGACAGACGCGACUCAUACCAGAAGUGGAAGGAGCAGAAGAAGGCGUUCAGGAAGGGCGUGAAGGCAGGAGAGCAGAAAGAGAUACAGAUCACUUGGGGCGUCGAAAAUGGAGAUUUGAAGCACAAAAUCACAAAAGCACGCGCAGAACUGGAGAAGGGAUACCGAGUGGACAUCGUCAUUACACCGAGGAAAGGUCAGAAAUUGCCCAAGCCCGAUGAAAUGGCAGCUCGCGCAUCGGAGAUCGCGUCAAUGCUACUAGACAUUGCAAAGGAGUGGAAAACACGCGACGUUCAGAAAACUACCACUGUAAUGUCGUUCCAAAAAACGCCGUCAUGACAAGGAAAUGUAUAGUUCCUAGUUG